UUUUAGUAUAAUAUAAAACUUCAAUAGUGAAUAGUGCAAUGAUACAUUACUGAGUGUUUAAUUUUCCUAUUCUCAUGAUUGUAAUAAUAAAUAAGUGCUUCUUUAACUGGGAUACGAUUCUGAUGGGCAUAAUAUUAUAAACCAGAUUCUUAUUCAAAAACCUUUAUGACUCAAGAUGAAAAUACUGCAUGGUAGCAAAAUUAUUGAUGGUUAACAUGAAACUCUUCCAGUUUGUAAUAGUUACAAUUUUGUACAACAUUGUUCCCAUUUUAACUAAAAGUAAUCCUCAAUCAUUACUAAAAUCAAAUACUUCAUCCGAACAAAAAGGAUGGAUUAUACAACUCGAUAUUUAUUUUCCGAAAACUCGUCCAUCAGUUGUUAGAAAGCGUCCAGGAAAUGAUGCUCAGUUUAAUUGUGAAGCUAUCAUGAACUUUACUAAAGUUGAGAAAUUCACUAAGAAUAAAGGUGGAAUUGAAACUUCAUCAAAAGUACUACCAGACUAUAUUUUUGAAACUCUAAUGAAGAAUGUGAAGGUAUAUUGGUUGAAAGAUUAUAACAGAACAUUAGCUGAGAGCACCAGGAUCAACAUUUUGACAAGAGUUGACAACACCAAUGGUACUAUUGGAACAGUUCUUAAAAUAGUUAACUUACAUCCUUCUGAUAGUGGUAAUUACACUUGUGUUAUUAAACAGAAUUAUGAGAAAAAGUUCACAUCGAGACUAAUUGUUGAAAAUGAUUCUACUGAGAAUAAUGAAUUAUCUUCUUUAGAAUUUUCCAGUGAUGAUGAUAACAAGUAUAUUGCUGAUAUUAAAACAACACCAAAAUUAGUGUCUGAAGGUAUGAUUAUAGGAGAGGAUACUCCCAACAAGAAUGUCACUGUUAUAAAAUACUUAGAGCCAAUUUGUCAAGAGUAUGUGGGAAUAGUUUGCAAGUCACAUUUAAGUGGUCAGUUUGUUUAUAUACCAUAUAAUACAACCCAAGCUGCUUUAGAAGAAAAGUUACUUAAAGCAUUUCAAGUGACAAAAUAUUCCAAUGAUAUCAGUUCUCAGUGUGAGCAGUAUGCAGUGCCAAGUCUUUGUUACUCCACAUUUCCAAUUUGCAGGGACCCCAUGUCUACAAAUAAGAAAUUUUUUAAUGAAGCUAAGACAAUUUUUAAAUUACAAUCUGAUUCUGUAAUAAAUAAUAACAGCAUACCAAAAGUUAUAUAUUAUGAUAGUUUAUCAAAUGGAUUUCAACCUCAAGUAGCAAAUAAUAUUAAUGUACCAAUAGACAUGUUCAACUUCAGAUACAACUCCACAGUAUUAAAACGAGUCUGUAAACAAGAUUGUGAAAUAUUAGAAACAGAACUUUGUCAGACUGAAUAUGCUAUUGCUAAGAGACAUCCGCACAUUGGCAAACAAUUAACUUUAGAAGAAUGUCAAGAUCUUCCUGAAGAUGAUCCUGGAUGUUUAAAAAUUGGUAUUGGUACUUUAAUUGUAUCAGAUGAUGAGUGCUAUUGGGAAGAUGGGAGUGGGUAUUUGGGUCGAGUUAAUGUGGCUUUAAAUGGUAUGCCUUGUGUGGCUUGGUCUAAACAAAUGAUAGUUAAAAUGUCAGACCAUCCUGAAUUAGCUGGUCGGCACAGUUAUUGCCGAAAUCCAGGUGGAGUAAAAUCUCAACCCUGGUGUGUUGUAGAUAAUGAUGGAAAAUUUGAACAACUAUGUGACAUUCCAAAAUGUGCUCAUAAAAUUUGGAUAUACAUACUAGCAAUUUUCUUCUUUUUAAUUAUGAUUAUUUCUGGUUCUAUUGGAUGUGUCAUGAAACGUAAAAAGAAAGAAAGUGCUUCUGCUAUAAGAGACAUUAAUUUACCAAAUGCAGAUAAAAAUAUUUAUGGUGAUUCAAGACUUAAUUCUCCAAUAGAAAUGAAUGAGUUAUUAACAAAUCAGAACAAUGGUAGCCAGCCACAUUUGACAAGAAAUGUUAGGGGCAAUGGUGUAAUCAGAGUUCCACAAUACUCUCUAUCACAAAUUAAAUUUCUUGAGGAGUUGGGUGAGGGAGCUUUUGGUAAAGUCUAUAAAGGUGCUCUUAAAAAGAAUGGAGAUACACAGUAUGUGGCUGUCAAAGCACUUAAAGAAAAUGCGUCUGCUAAAACAAAAGCAGAUUUUCGGAGAGAAAUUGACCUAAUUUCAGAGUUGACUCAUGAAAACAUAGUUUGUAUUGUUGGAGUUGCUUUAAGAGAGGAGCCUUUAUGUAUGUUAUUUGAAUUCAUGGCCCGGGGUGACUUGCAUGAGUUUCUAAUGGGUCGAGCUCCUCCAUCUGGUAAAGGGCUGCCACCAAUGAGAUUACUGAAUAUAGCUUAUAACAUUGCCUCCGGUAUGCAAUAUCUUGCUUCCCAUCACUAUGUACAUAGAGAUCUGGCCGCAAGAAAUUGUUUAGUGUCUGAUGAUUUUGUUGUUAAAAUCUCAGACUUUGGAUUAUCUAGAGAUAUAUAUAGUUCAGAUUAUUACAGAGUGCAAUCUAAAAGUUUACUUCCAGUGAGGUGGAUGCCACCAGAAUCAAUUCUGUAUGGUAAAUUUACAACAGAAAGUGACAUUUGGUCAUAUGGAGUUGUUUUAUGGGAGAUUUAUAGUUAUGGAUUACAACCUUAUUAUGGAUAUAGCAAUCAAGAAGUAAUCUCCAUGGUGCGAGGUGGUGAAUUAUUAGCUACGCCAACUGCCUGUCCGCAAGCUAUGUAUACCCUAAUGACUGAAUGUUGGCGACAUGCCCCGUUAAGACGACCUAACUUUGAAGAAAUCGUAAAUAGGAUUCAAGAGUGGAUACAAAUGGGAGGGUGUCCAGAGACAGACAGCGCUUGUAGUUAUAAGCCAAGUUCAAGCCGAGACUUUCCUGAGAAAGUGCCUCUCAUACCACCUCAUUGCUCAUCUUCAAAUGGAUCUUUGGCCACAGGCAGUUUAAAGAAAUUCAGCACAGCAGGGAGUUCAAGGGGAGACGAUAAUUUCUCAACUUGCAGCGAAGUACCUCCUCUUGCUCCUAAGACUAAGAAACAUAGUUCUGGUUCUCUUAUUGACACUGAUAAAGUUGGUAAGGAAACAAUUGUUAGAAUACCUAACUCCCAUUUUGGAAAUGAGAUAUAGUUCAGUGUUGAGUACCAGAACCCAUUUAUUUGGAAUUGAUGCACUGGAAUAUUAUUAUUAGAGUUUGAUACUCAUAUGUUAUUUGUUUGAUCUUCAAACAAAUAUCUUAUUUAAUUAUUAACUUUCUGUAUCUGUAUCAACAAAACUUCCAGGCAUAUUCAUACACGUGCGAUUUACAUAGUAUACAAAUAAUUUGAUGUCUUAUGUCUGUAAUGGUGUACUUAAUAUUAACGGCAUGUUACGGUAAUUGUCUUUUGUAUUGAAACAAUAGACGAAAAUGAUAAUGAGUGAGUAAGGUAGAAUAUUCGAAAAUCCUUUUUGUUGGUUUUCUUUAUAGUAAUAAUAAUGAGCCAGAUUUUGACUUAGAUUUAAGAAAAUUAUCACUUAUUAUUAAGUACUCACUAGAUUCGAGUUAGAAAACGCCUUUUAUUUAUUGUAUAGAUUUUAGACUUUUUGUUACAUUAUUUUUUUUUUUCUUGAAUUUAUCAAAAAUAAUUUCAAAAGCGUUUCGAAGGACCAAAAGGCAGUAUUGAAAUAGCUGUUUAUUGAGUAGGAUACUUGCUAAUAUUCUGAUGUAGGAGUCAUUAUUAAACACUACAAAUAAUUGAAAUACUGUCAUUCCAAUCAUUUACAUGGUUAUUAUUAAAGUUUUAUACCAGUACCACAGGUGGUUAAUAUUUGUUCUAAAUAACCUACUGCCAUACUUAACUGCAUUUUGGAUAUAUUAACAGUAUUACGUACUAUAUUACUACAAACGAGUAGUUUGCAAAUAUGUAUUUGCAGUAUUUAUAAACAUACUGUGGCAACAAUUGACUACAUAUGUACCUACUUAAAUCUUCCAAAAAAACUUCAGCUUAAUUUAUAUUAAAUUGAAAUGUACAUAUACACCGCUUCUUAUAAGUUGAGAGUUUUGUUGCGUUUUUAACUUUAUUUAAGAUUGUACAUGAUCGUCGAAGCAUUAGUAAAAAAAUACCUUUAGAAAUUGUUAAGUUUUUUCCACCUAGCUGUAAGAAUAGUGACUUAUUUUAUUUCGACUGAAUUUUUAAUACUAUAAUCAAAAUUAAGUAGUACUUAGCGUCUACUUCUACGCCGUUAGAAAGUACCUAACUUCGGUUAAUGUUCAAAUAAUCGGAAAUAGUGUUCCUAACAUUUCCUUUAAGUUUAUUUUUAAUUUUGUAUGCUGACUGAUACUUUAUAAAAAGCAUACUGUACUGAAAAUGGAGCUUUACAAAUAUUUGUUGGCAUUUACAUAACUUCAUAUAUUUCAUCAGUAUUGUGCAGUUUGCAGAACAUAAAUAAACUUUGAAUUCUAUGCAAUUGGUUUAAAAAAAAACGACGAAGCACUGCCAAAUAUGUACUUUGUACUCGGCUAAAUUAAACUUGCCAGGUUAAUUAAGUACGUAUUUUCUUCCAAAUUUUAGUUUAUGUUUCUGAUUUUUGUAAUCUAAAUAAUCCUCUAGGCAAAGCUGAUGUAAGUGAAGGAACAACUAUAUUUUUUUCAAUAAUACUAGUUUGUGUACCUUACUUAGAAACUAUAUUUAUUAUACAUAGGUAUAAUAGUUAUGGUUAAUAUAAUGCUUACAAAUUAACGUGUGCAUAUUUGUGGGAUUUUCACAGUUUUCUAUUAUUUAUAUUGAUGUUUACAACAUGUACACAUUCAGUACUUGCCAAAGACAUUUUGUAUGUGAUAAAUUGAAUUUUUUACACUGGUGUAAACUGUAUUAAUGGCGAAUUAAAACAAUUUAUA